CCUUACAUGCGUCACAUGACAUCUAGGCCGGCAGUUCGCUAAAAGGGACUUUAUGAAUAUAGGUUUUUUUUCUUUUUUUUUUUUUACAUCACUGAACAUAAUUUUUGAUUGUGUCUUUAUCAGUGUUUACUAAAAUUUAUCAGUGAAGAUUGGCCAAAAUUUGAAGAAGUGAUGGACCAAUUCUUGGGACACUGGAAGCUUGUAAAAAACGAUAACUUCGAAGCCUACCUGAAAGCUGUCAAUGUCUCCCUUCUGCUCCGUAAAGUCGCCAGCAGGGUCACCACAUAUGAAGAAAUCACACAGGACAUUGAUCACACGUGCCACCUCAAACUGACCUCCACAUUUACUACUAACACCCUCACCUUCAAGCUGGGUGUCCCCUUUAAGGAGAUCACCCCCAGUGGGCAUCGAAUGAAGACCACAAUAACAAUCGAAGAUGACAAAUGGAUCCAGAACCAGUUGGCCGAUGAUCCGACAGCCGUCGAUUCCAAAGUCACACGAAGACUUCUUGAUAUGGAUAACAUGAUCGCGACUUAUGAAGCAGGUGAUGUGGUGGCCUACAGGACAAUGACUCGUCACAAAUCCUAGCAGCACAAGGGAGAAGAAAGCUUGACGAUGGUCAAGGUUUGGGACUGAGGUCAAGGGUCAAGAUCAAGGUCAAGCUACCAGGCCUAACCCAGGCAAAAAUCAAGAUUCCACAUCAUUUAUGGUUGUCUGUCUGUGUGUCCUGUGUCUGUGUGAAUUCAAAUGGGUUGUGACAUCAUCAGCUUUGUGUGUCAUAUUGUCACUACGUGUCCCUUUACCUCUCAUACAACAUGGAGUAUGGCCCCUUAAUUGUUAUUGUUAAGAAAUAAAUGUUACAAGAAAAUAUCUUUAAAAUAUUAUUAUCAUCAUCAUCAUCAUCAUCAUUAUUAUUAUUGAAUGAGAGAGCAGUGCAUGCCACCAAAGUGACACUGAGGUACAAAUAUACGAAGCCCAUUAUACCCAUCAUGACUACCCGUCUGAUAAGGGUACACCAAGCACAUGCAUCACAACCAUAUAUGCACGACAUGGUGAUAUAAUAUCAAGAUAAGCAGGUCCCUGAAUAAGGUUUGUUUAAGGAUGUUGAGCAAAACACCCAUGUUUCCAAAGGUAAAUUAUCCAAACCCCAAAGAAUUCCUCUCAACAUAUGGCUAUGAUGCCCCCCCCCCCAACUACUUCUGCUCAUGAUCAGAGAUGCACAUAUCGUCAGCCACCAAGGGACAUGCUCAACUGGUUAAGGUCAAACAAAUGACAAGAAAAUCUGUGGUAUUGAGCAGAAUAUUUGCUGUAGCUCAUCUUUUAUACCAAGACAAAACAAUGUACGUGAUAACAUUUCCAAUCAAUUAAGAUCAGAAGCCAUGAGAGCCACUGUCUGGUGGCAUCAGGAUUUUAUUAUUAUUACUAUUAUUAUUAUUAUUAGUAUCAUUAUUAUUAUUGUCGUCGUCAUUGUUGUUGUUGUUGUUGAGUUAUCCUGCUCAAAUAUUCUGCCUGUUUUAUGUUCAAACCAGCCAGAUCUGGCCUCUCACAUCAUUGAAAUCUCAGGUCUAUGAGAUAACGCAUGAUUAAUUCAAAACAAUGUGAAUAAAUAAGCAUUAGAUUUGAUAGUAUAACCUGAAUAUUAACCCAUUACCUCCCAUAAUUCUAUUAACUGGAAUUCUUUUUAUGAAACUUUGAUUUCUAGCAUAAAACAGCCUUAGAAACGC